UUAUGAACCGCCUUUUUUUCUUUGCUUCGUAGGAGCUUGUAAUUCAAGUUCUUAGCGGUUUAGUUCUUCUGCCGUAUGAAUGAACUUGCUUAACUACUCCGUUUAAUUGAAUAGCCCGCCUUCUCAUAUUCGUUUCCUAUUGGUUCAUUGUUCAAUCGUUACGAGGUGAUACGAUGACCGUCAAACUCCGUCUCCGCCUUUUUUGCCUUAUUUGGAACCACAUUUUCCCGACAGUCGGCGAUGAUUGGCGGAAGGUGGAGUUUUCAUGUUCUGAAAAUCCAAAGCCGGUUUGUCUAAAUUUAACCACUCGGGUCCCGCCGCACAAAAGGAGCAACUGGGCGAAAGCGGACGCGGUACUGGAACAAAAUGCAGCUCUUUGUUGUUGUUGUUGCUGUUCUUGAGACUGAUUGUAAAACCUCUGCUGCUGAUGAAAAGAAGGAAAACUGAAACUCGGCGAAGGGGCGGAUACGAUCUGUCAGGGUGGUUCAUAUUCUUCAGGUUCUGGAGUAGCCGUGGCGCAAGUGUACAGGUCACGUAUGCGUGAUGCUAAUGUAUGUAGGGCGGCACGGUAUAUAUUUAUAGACCGUGAUUUGAUUAAAACUGUGUAGGCUGAUCCGAGCCGGAAGAACAGCCAUAUAUUUCAAAUCAAAGUGCGCUUAGUGAGAAGACGAGAUACAGAAUAACUUGCGUGAGCCAGGUUAAAAGGGGGUUAACAGCCGAGGGGACAUUUAAAACGUAGUAAUUCAAUUCUAGAAACGCCCAUAUUUAAGCGGUCUCCCGGAAAGGACCAAGUUUUUUAGGAAAAGGAAACGGCAUCAUCCACUAUGGUCCUGGGUGACCCAGACGCUGGGAAGAUGCUCUCGGCCGCGGCGGCGAGGGGAGACCUUCUCGGGGUUCGGAGGAUGUUGCAGAAAGGGGUACACCCCGACACCCCCAACGAAUUUGGGAGAACCGCCCUGCAGGUGAUGAUGAUGGGUAGCAGCGCUGUGGCUCGCGAGCUGCUGGAGCGCGGCGCGGAGCCCAACGUGCGGGACCGCCUCGGGAUCACGCCCGCGCACGACGCCGCCCGCACCGGCUUCCUGGACACGCUGCGGGUCCUGGUGCAGUUUGGAGCUGCGGUCAACGUGCCGGACCGGUCCGGGGAGCUGCCUCUCCACGUCGCCAUCAGGGAGGGGCACGCCGACGUGGCGGGGUUCCUGGCGCCCCUGUCCAACCUCUGGCACCACGAGACCUGCGGGGAGACGGCCCUGGGUAGCGCGCGCCACCGCUGCCGGCCAGAUGUUGUGCAGCUGUCGGAGCGCCGGUUGGCUUCCAGCCUGACCUUUCGCUCAGACCUCGUGGCCUCCCCAGCGCCAUGUCUUUAACAUGAUCAUUUUUAAACAAACACUUUUGAAACGGACUCUAUGGGGUUUACAUAAAAGAUACAGAACUUUAACUUGAAAAGACAGAAAUACAUUGCACUAUUUUGCGUACUGCAGUAUGGGUUUCAGCCCAUUGCAAAACUAACCACAAUUUCUGCAAUUACUAAAAGUGAUGCUUGUUCCUUGUGUCGAGCUCAUUCCGCCUUUUUCGAGUCUUUGUCUAGAUGCAUAUUAUCAUAUAUUCUCAGGUUUUCUUAUUAUAUAUAUUAAGAUUCGCAAAGCAGUUUGACCAAACCGGCCGUAUAGGAUGUUUAAACGUUAGUUUUCAUUUAGAUGAAAAUGUCGCACUAGUAUUUAAGAACGUAUCGCAGUACUUAUCAGUACUAAAAUCGUGACCCUGAGCCAACGUCGGCUGUACAGUUUACAAGUGUGUCACAUUGUGCAUUUUAACACGUCUUGUAAACACCUCGAUGAAAUCCUUCGAAACUUGUAUUACUGUUUCGUGGGUAAUGGUCCGCGAAAUUAAUUUAAACUUGUUUUCUCAGUACCUCACAAGUUUGUAGUUUUAAGUUUGAUAUACCUCCCACCAUGAUUUCUAGGAUUUUGUACAUUAACAUUUUUAAAGGGUGUUACUGUUGUUAGCGUUGUAUUUAUUUUAAAAUAUAUCUGUUUUA